AUGUCGGCAAUGCUACCGACUAUGAUUGGUUUAAACGAAGCAACCUCCGGCGCUCGCGAUCGUGAGGAAAGUCGCCGCGAUUCUUCUCGGAAACAACGAUGUCAUCUUGUGGCGACCUGCAGUCUUGAUCAAGGGAACCAGCGGCAGCGGGAACAAGUUCAGAAUGCUAAAGUGUACGUGGGGUCAGAUGGUAAACUAUACAUCACCAAACAUCCUAAAUCAUCAAUGGUCCCCUUCAACGGCGGCUUCCACGCCCAUCCAGCCUUUGCUCCUGAUAACUCAUCAGGAAUGGUGACCGUGACCGGAGAGAACCCACCGACCCUACGAUGGGUAUUCCUUGACGCUGACACGCAUGAAAUCCGCUGGGGUAGCCGGCUAGACAGCGAGGGCCACGUCUGUGGACCGUUUGACUGGACCAAGGACGAGCAACGAGUCAUGUUCGAAGGAUGGGAGGGUUGGUUAGCUGUACGGUCGCCCGAUGAUGAGCAGCAGGAGGAGCUGGAAGCGCAAUUGGAUGUCGAUGAUGGAAGAGGGAUGUGGAGGUUGUAUUUUGAUCAACAUGAUAAUGGGGCUGAUUUGCCAGCUGGUGCACAAGGACUGGAGAUAUGUUUGAAGCGGGUUGUAGCAGAGUCAUGA